GAACUAGAAAACAAGAUGAAAGAAUCGGAAAUAAAGCGAAAGCAGUAAUUGAUUAUAUCACGGAAAUUAAAAGGAUAGAGGUUUUGAGUGAUCUCACGGGGGUGAAAGAAAUUAAAAGUAAAACCAUCGAAAAUAUAAUUAGGUUACUUCCGAAGUUUGAAAAUGAAUUGCAGAAAUUACAGGAACUAGAAAACAAGAUGAAAGCGAAAGUAGUAAUCGAUUAUAUCGUGGAAAUUAAAAGGAUAGAGGUUUUGAGCGAUCUCAUGGGGGUGAAAGGAAUUAAAA